AUGAAGUCCUUUUCCAGUUCUGCAAUCAAUAAAACCGGCAAGAAAUUCGCCCCGAAGGCGCCUAUCCGCCGUGCGCCUGCCGCCGCGCCAGCGAGACGACCUAGUGUUGUCCGACAGUCGCCAGCCGAGCCUGUUCAGGAAGACAAAGCUAAAGAUGUAGCUGACGCUGCACCGAUCCCUUCUGUGGCUGCAGAGCCAGAACCACCGGCAGUCACAGAGGUCUCACCAGCCGUCGCUGCCCCCACCACGGAACAAACACCCAUUGUUUUGAAUAAUGGAGCUACUCCUCCGAUCGCCACUCCUAUCACCGCCCCCACCACUACACAGAUCGUCACACCUACCGCUACACCCAUCGCCAAGCCGACUCCGAUACCCAAGCCGAGUGCGAUCUCAAAGCCGACUCCAAUCGCAAAGCCAACUCCGAUCCCCAAGCCGAUUCCCAUCUCAAAGCCAACUCCGAUCCAAAAGCCGGCUGCUAUUCCUCUGCCACAGAAACGUAAACUGCAACCUGUCUUGGCCGCUCCGCCUACCCCUCCUUCUACUCAACCCACACCAUCUCCCGCCAAUGUCUCCACUAGUGAGGUUCAGCCUCCAUCCUCCGAGGACCAUGGACCAGAGACGGCUCUUUUAGAAUACGCCAGGAUUGAAACAGCGCGGGCCGCAGAAAACCUUGUCGAUUCGAACGAAGCUCUACCCCAAUCUCAACCUGAAACCCAACAAACUACCCCCGUCGAAGGUCGACCAGCAAAGCGCGCUCGAACCUUGUCAACUACGACUACUCCGGUCCCGGCUCGAAAGAAAUCCGUAUCCGCAGCGGCAAGCCGCCGAGGCUCCCAGUCAAUCGUGCCUACCAUCGAAUCCUCAAGUGCAACCCCCAGUGGAUCCAACCUUUCGACUCCAGAUCCAACAAAGCCAAAGAAACGAAAAUACUCAAAGGCCGGUACCUCGGAUCCUGAAGGUAGCGAAAAACCAAAGCGCACCCGCAAGAAGCGCGAACCCACCCCGGAAGGCGCAGAAACAGUGGAAAUCUUGCCGAAUGUUGUGAAGAUGUCCGAGCUUUGCAAAGAUCUGAGAACUGGAAAGAAGUCCAAGCGCGAGACAGAGCUACGCAAGAUUGAUCAGGCGGAAGAAGAACGGAAGAAGCAAGGCGGGACUCCUGGCCCAGGAACAGGAACCCCUGUCAAGCAAACUGAACCCGAACUAGAGAAAUCCGAAAAACCUGUCGAUUGGAAACCCCAAAGUGGCCCCAUUAUGCGAAUCGUUAACGGCGAGAUCGUGCUGGAUAACGCGUCCUUGCAAGUCGAUCGUCACGCCGAUGCAGCCCGAGCCGCCGGUGACCUUGAAGAUGUGGUGGAAAGUUCGUUCACUCGGAAGAUAAAUCAGGCCUCCUACGGCAAGCGUACAAAGACCGAAACAUGGGACGAAGAGAUGACGGAUUUGUUUUAUCGCGGGCUUCGCAUCUUCGGUACAGACUUUAUGGUUAUCAGCAAAAUGUUCCCGGGUCGGUCUCGUCGUCAAAUCAAGUUGAAGUUCAAUAAUGAAGAGCGCCGUGAUCCGCAACGAAUCAAGGAAACCCUGAUGGGGCCGACUGAGGCCAUGGACAUUGCAACCUACUCCGAGAUGACAAAUACCGUCUACGAUGAUCCCAAGAUUGUCCAGCAAGAGCUUGACGAUGAAAAGAAGCGCAUCGAGGACCAGCACGCCAAGGAGAAGGAGAUGCAAGAGGACAUGCUGCGCAACCCAACUGGUGGUGAUUCCAAGGAAGACAAGAACGACAAGACGGUUGUUAAGAAGUCGCGCAAGAAGGCGGGCCUGAAGAACCAGGGAGGCGGAACAGAGGAGGUUCUGGGAUCGAUCGAUGACUUUCCCAUAGCUUAA